UCCUCUCUCUCUCUCUCUCUCUCUCUUAAUAAAAAAACACUCUUUUCUAUUUUUCUCUUUCUUUCUGUGUUUUUCUCUAAGAAAAAACCCUCAAAUUUCUCAUAAAUUUCUCCAAUUUUUGCCUCAGAAACUUAAUAUUCUUACUCAGCAAUGCGUGAUCUUCAUUUUAAUUGUAGUUUUGAGUUUUAACACUCUAAUUUUGACCUUUUUUCUGUAAAAAUAUAUAAUGCUGGAGGCAAUGGAAAGUUCAGUGAAUGGAGGAGGUUUUUCACACUUACAGAGCUGUGGUGACAGUAGUGAAGAGGAGCUAUCCGUUUUGCCACGUCAUACCAAGGUUGUUGUGACUGGAAAUAACAGAACUAAGUCUGUUCUUGUUGGUCUUCAAGGCGUUGUCAAGAAAGCUGUUGGUCUCGGUGGCUGGCAUUGGCUGGUUCUUACGAAUGGCAUAGAAGUAAAGCUACAGAGGAAUGCUCUUAGUGUGAUUGAGGCUCCCACUGGCAACGAGGAUGACGACGACUUGGAAUUUGAUAAUGUGCAGUGGAAUGGAUCUGAUUUGGCAUCCGAUGACACUCAAAAAUCCCAUAGAUCAAGGCACAGGACGCAUAAAUCAACAGGAUCAUCUCACAAGACUAUGAGCAGGUCACUCUCUUGUGACUCUCAGUCCAAAAGCUCCGUUUCUACGCCUCGUGGGGCCACUAAGGUUGACCUCAGCAAAUUGGAGAUGGCUGCCUUGUGGAGAUAUUGGAAGUACUUCAAUCUUGUGGAUGCUAUCCCCACCAAUCCAUCCAAAGAGCAACUAGUAGAUGUUAUUCAGAGGCAUUUUAUGUCUCAGCAAAUGGAUGAGUUGCAGGUCAUCGUGGGAUUUGUUCAAGCUGCAAAAAGAUUGAAGACUGUUUGCAACUGACGCAGAGCGAGUGAAAGUGGGAGAUGUUUUGAGAUUCACUCUCAAUGCUAACAGGACACUGGUAUCUAAAAUAUCCGCUUCCCCUGUCUGUAACAUAUGUAAUGUAUGGCUGGCUUGUUUGUGAUUAUCGUUUCUGGUAGUGAGCUAAGUUAGUUACUUUGAUGGAGGCUAUAGAGGUUUUUGCUUUUUCAUAGUAUAGCUAUGUAGAUAUUAUAUAUAUAAUAUGUAAAACUGAUAACUAGAACCUUCUACAGAGUCAGUCCUUUGUGACUUUUCUUCUAAGCUUUGGGUUUUAAUGUAUUGCUGACUUGGGGAAGUGUAUUUCUUAAAAAUGUAUAUAUUUUCUUCAUUUUCUGGUCUGCC